CUAUCUAUGUCAAACAGGCUACGGUUCUCGGGUUUUACCUGUGACAGUAAAGAGCAUUCGACUUGUAUACAUGUCAAGCCUUAACACAGGCGGGUAGCUGCAGACGGGAUGUUUGAAGGGUCUACCGACAAAUUUGAUUUCUCGGAUAUUGAAAGUAGAAAAAAGAUGGGACGCAACGACGAGGAAGGUGGUUGCCGAAUGUCCGGUGCGUCGGGUUUCCUUCUGGUAUUGUUUGCCUUAGCCAUCGCUGUAGGUGUUGGACUUCUUGUGCAUUUUACUGGAAACCAGAAGGAGUUUAAUUGUAACUGCCAGUGUGGACCAGCCGAGGGUGUGGUCACACCGGCUCCCGGAUUUCUGACGGAAACAUGCAAGGCCUCAGCGGUUCUCGGAAACCAACAGCUAUGUAGACUUUGUCCCAAAAUGACCACUGCGCCACCUACAGGGAUGACGACAACCAUGACGAUGAGUACAACAGUAACUAUGGACAACACAACAGGUCCACCUACACCCCCUCCAGGUCCUAUCACAGACACUCGUCUGCCUACCUCUGUCAAACCACUACUGUAUGUGUUAACACUGCGACCGGAGCUCUACAAUAGCAAGCCAGAAACUUUCACUUUUAAUGGCACAGUCGGGAUAACAAUAGAAUGUAUGACUGCCACGGAUAACAUCACUCUCCAUAUUGCCACGCAGAAUCUUACGGCCACCCCGACAGUAGAUGCUGUUAAUGCUUCCGACGUCUCGCCUGUUGUCAUAACCACCACCAGGGACAUGGCCAGACAGUUCUUGAUCCUCUCGUUAGAUAAAUCGUUAGUAGCUGGAAAUCAGUACGUCGUUCGAAUCGCCUUCGAAGACAGACUGUCUAAUGAAGUUCUUUUGGGCAUGUAUAUUAGCAGUUACAGAGAUGAAGCGUCGAACAUGACCAAAUAUAUGGCAGUCACCCAGUUUGAGCCAACCUACGCAAGACAUGCGUUCCCAUGUUUUGACGAGCCAGCAAUGAAAGCGAGGUUUGAUAUCACCCUGGAGCGACAACCUCACAUCAUCAGUCUCUCCAACAUGCCGAUGUCUAGUUCAAUAGCCCUCGGAGACGGUUAUAUUGCUGACCAUUAUGACACCUCAGUCGUAAUGUCAACGUACCUAGUGGCCUUCGUCUUUGGUGAACUGGACAGCGUGAAAAAUACAACAGCAAAUAAUGUUCUGUUCGGAGUGUAUACAACGCCUAGUAAUAUCAACCAGACAUCGCUUGCACUGCAACUGGGAAGCGAACUUCUAGAUACAUUUGAGGAGUAUUUCAACAUAAACUUCGUUCUUCCAAAGCUCGACAAUGUCGGGCUGCCUGACUUUGUGUACGGUGCAAUGGAGAAUUGGGGACUGAUGACGUACCGGGAGAUCUACCUCCUGUAUAGUGAAGGUGUGACUACCACACACGACAUGGAACUAACGUCCGAGGUCCUGUCACACGAGAUCGUCCAUUCAUGGUUCGGUAACCUUGUAUCCCCGGCUUGGUGGGACGAUAUUUGGCUCAAUGAAGGGUUUGCAACCUUUCUUUCUUACCUCGGAGUUCAUCGCGUAGUCCCAGAGUGGGGGAUGAUGGACCUGAUUAACCUUUAUGUGAUUCAACCAGUAAUGGACGUAGACAGCGUUGAAAAUGUAACCCCUGUCUACAGAGAGGCGUACACACCCGACCAGAUACUGUCAUUGUUUGAAAUCAUCACUUACUACAAGGGAUGUGCUGUUAUAAGGAUGAUGUGGAACUUCCUUGGACCAGAAACCUUCAGGAAAGGACUAGAGGGCUAUUUGAAUGAGAAAGCCUAUGGAAACGUCGCUCAUGAUGACUUGUGGGCGGCCUUACAAGCGCAAGCAGUCAUGGAUGGGAAUACUGAUGUCAACGUAAAAACUGUGAUGGACUCGUGGAUAUUACAGAAGAACUACCCAGUGGUGACAGUGAGGAGAGUGAAUGGUGGCCUCUAUCUGAAUCAGAGUCGAUUUCUUCUCAAGUCAGACAAUACUACUGAUUUCGCAGGAUAUGGCUGGAAUAUCCCAUUCACCUACACUACUGAUAAAGAACUUAAAUUCGACCAGUCGGCAAGUGACAUAGUUUGGAUGGCACCAAAAGUACAAGUGUACGCUACCGAUGCCAGCAUCAACAAGUCAAGCGGAUGGGUUGUGGGGAACAUACAACACUAUGGGUACUUCCGUGUGAACUACGAGCAGGAGAACUGGGACGCCUUGAUAACUCAACUGAAGACUGAUCAUACGAAAAUUCACGUGGUAAACAGGGGAACUCUCAUAAGCGACGUAUGGGCUAUUUUCAAGGCUGGGAUGGCAGAUGUUGAAACUGCCUGGGAUAUGCUGUCCUAUCUACGUCACGAGACUGAGUUUAUACCCUGGUCGUACGCGUCUAGUGAACUCGAUUUUCCGGAUAAGAUGUUGAGAAGUCGUCCAGCAUAUGGAAAUUUUGAGAGAUUCAUGUUGAGUUUGCUUGAAGGCCGUUCAUUGAAUGUCACCCUGAAUGAUGACCGUCCUACCCAGCAAAGGUCCCUUUCGAGACUGAUGUUUAGUCUGUCGUGCAAAUAUGGUAUUCAAGAAUGUGCCAUGCGUUCAAAAGAACUUUUUAACGACUGGAAAACCUCGGGGACACUGAUUCCUGCUGACAUCAAGGAGACAGUAUUCUGUAAAGCAGUAAAAGAAGGAGGGGAAGAGGAAUGGGAUUACAUGUUUAACCUUUACCGCAAUGGACCAGUCACGGAACAACCAGCCGCACUCACUGCACUGGCUUGUUCAGACCGUUUGUGGAUCAUCAGCAGAUAUUUGGAAUACAUACUAGAUCCAUCUAAAAUCAGAAAACAAGAUGCCCCCAUUGCCUUCACAACACUCCAAAGCAAUCCUGUAGCCUUUUACCCGGCUUUUGAGUUCAUGUUGGAAAAAUGGGAAUUCCUGGUGGUUGACUAUGGUCUGGACGUGAACUCACUGAAUAACAUUAUCGUCAGCACAGUCAGUGGAAUGUAUACAAAAUAUGAUAUGAGCAAGAUUGAAAACUGGCGAGACGAGAUCCAACCGGAUGACGCCGCUUAUCUUCACGGCUUUGACUUUGCACUUAACAGAAUUUCGGUCAAUAUGGAGUGGCAUACCAAGUAUUAUGAACAAGUGGCCAACUGGCUCGAAAAUUUUGUUGCGUCUGAGCAGUAAUCAUUGAUACAAAUGCUUGAAUAUAAAAGCAUAUUUGACUUCCAAGAAUAAUCAGCAAUAUGUAAAUAAGUGUUACGCUAUUUUACUAGAUUUUCUCCAAUAAAGAAUUGAUAAAUCACAAGUUACAUGUUUGACCUUAGCGUUUAAGUGGUUUCCCUCAUCUGAAAGAAAUGCCAAUCAACAAUAUUAACCUGGCAACAUUUUAAUCGUUAAAAGAUUACGUUUAAUGGCAAGAACAUGUACUUCUGUCUAAAUCUUAGACACUCUUCAACGGAGUGCUGAUCACUCAGUAGAAAAACAUUGACAUUUCUGACACGUCUACAAUUGUAGUUAUGAUCUCAACUGUGAUUAGUGAAUAAGAGGUUCCCCAACGACACAUAGCUGUCAACCCUCCCUCAUAAGGAAGGAGACUCCCUCAAUUUGACCAAUAUUCACCAAUCUAACGCCAAACUCCCUUAAUCAAGUCCAAACUCACACAAACUCUAAAUCUGCAUCCUGUUAUCAAAUGAUCUCAUAGAUACUGCAGGGUUUGUGCAAUGAUCCUAACAGGAGUGUCCGAAUCAUAUUUGUGCUUUUUGGAUUUAUUUUGAUACUUUAAAAGGGAAAUAUAAAUUGAGCACAACAGUGUCAGUCGCCAUUCACGCACGUUCUCCCUCAUUUGAAAUGUAGAAUGAGGGAGAUCUCCCUCUUUGGAAGUUUCAGAGGUUGACACCUACAAAACGAGAACUGAUUGCUCAUCAUUUUCGCGUUGUAUCUAACUUUAGUUAAUUUCAAAUUUGUAGCGACAUAUAUUUAACAACGUUUGCUGGGAAAAUGAAAAAUUUGGAAAGAAAAACUCAAUACUCCAUGUAGGUUAACUAAGCAUCUUUUACUAUGUUACUAUUCAAAAACUAACUUAUUAGAGUUAGGUACACGUGAUAGCCAGCAAUUCAGCACCUUAUUGCUCCCGUUAGUUCAGCUUUGGUUCUGGACACGAGGAAAAUACCACUUGACAUUACUCCGAUAAAAAAGCGCUAAAAUUAUUAAAACAUUGUAUUUAAGUUUGUUUUUUGUUAAAAUCGACUUUUAAGUAGACUGCACAAACUGCAGCAAAAAACAACUGUGUGUAACCUUCUUCUCUAGCCGAGGAUAUGUGCUUAGCAAGAGGUCGCCAUCUUUGAACGAUUUUUGAGGCAGACAGGUAUGACA